AUGAAGGUGAGUUUUUACUCGAAUGUACUCAUUGUUCUGACUCUGUGGAAGAAAACGUCAGGUCACGGGCCACCUUCUACCAAGCGUUCUCCUAUUGCAAAGAGGUCCUUGUCUGCCACUGCUCUGGAUGUAAACGCGCUUCUUGAAGGCGCCGAAAAUUGGGAUUGGGCAGACAUGGAGGAUGACUUUAUUACUCCGAAGAAGCCUAAGGUGAAGUCCGGGGUGACAAUGCCUGCAAAGCUGCACGCCAAAGAGACGUGCACUCGAUGUAUGGUUGAUGACGUUCGAGUUGACGAUGUAUUACAGGUUCUUUCUGUGCGUGUCCAGUCAAGUAGAGAUUCCCGAACAGUCAUUCUCUGCGACGACUGGGUAGACGCAGAUAUUCGCAAAGGAAAUAUCAUCAACGUCCUUGGCGACUUUGAUUCCUUUGGAAUAAUUAAGAUAACGUCUAAAAUCAAUUUUUUGAUUAAUCAUCCAGACAUCUUAAUCACAGCUACUGCGCUUUCUAAUGCGCCACAGUGCAGGCGAAAACCGCUUCUCUCCGCGCUCGUCCGUUCGAGCUUAGAUGUCACCCCAGCGCUUAUAUGGGGUAACAUGGUUCACGAGGUUAUGCAAAUAUGCAUGGCUGAACAACGAUGGGACGACCGUUUUAUUGAAGAACACACUAAGGAGAUCAUCAGUAAGAACCUUGCGGAGCUUGUCAAGAUCAACGUGAGCGUCGACGAGGCAAAACGUGAAGUCAAGGCCCGUUCAAGAGGUCUUCGAAUGUUCUCUGAACGCUACAUUGCCGAGACGCCAAAGGCUGAUGCAGUUCUUACCAACACCCGCGCGGCUGCGAAUCAAAGCUCCCUUCUUGCUAUAUCCCAAUUACAUGAUGUGGAAGAAGACAUUUGGUCUCCAACCUAUGGACUUAAAGGCAAGCUCGAUGCUACCGUCCAGGCGGUCAUUGCUGAGAGCACGAUUGACAAGCGUGUUAAGAAUGCAUCCUUGUUGAGCACACACACGAUGCCAUUUGAGAUCAAGACUGGUAGGGCUGUAGCAGGGAUGGAGCAUCGCGCUCAGACCAUGCUUUACACCCUCCUGAUAGCAGAACGGUACGGUGUCGAUGUUCCGAGUGGGUUACUGUACUACACCCAGAGUGAGGAGGUCGUCCGUGUCCCGCAAAGCCGCAACGAGCUUCGAGCACUGAUAGGCGCAAGGAACGAAAUGGCAUCAUAUAUGAUGCGCAGGAAUACGCAUGGUAAGGAAAAGGACCUCGAAGAGCCUUUUCUUCCUCCUACGAUUGACGACGAAAGAAUCUGUAAGAAGUGUUAUGCGCUAGAUACUUGUAUGCUAUUUCGCAAGGCUGUUGAGAACGUAGUUGAUACGUCUUCACCAAUUGCAGACGUGUACGACCUCAAAACCUCACAUUUGAAGCCCACCCAUCUUGCGUUUUUUAAACAAUGGGAGGAGCUCAUUUCGCUCGAGGAACAGGACGCCACCCGGUUCAGAAAAGAGCUAUGGUGCAUGGCCGCUCAAGAACGCGAGGACAAAGGCAGAUGUUUCAACUCGAUGGUCAUAGAUGCAUCUUUCCAGCCAGGAAAAGUUCCAAAGAGUGGCAAGAUUCACCAGUACACUUAUUGCUUUGUUCGAGCUUCUGCUGUUCACCGCGCUUCGUUCUUGAAUGGGCACAUGAGCCGUGGAGAUGCUAUCACAAUUUCCGUUGAACCUGAUCUUCUUGCUCUUGCAAAAGGGUUCAUUGUGGAGCUCACGCCAGAAACCGUGGUCGUGGGUGUAGAUCACGAGUUGAGUGUGGACAAGAUACAAGCCAGAUUGGAGAUGCUUCGAGGAGCAAGGACAGCUGUACUCUUCCGAGUUGACAAGGACGAGCUAUCAGGCGGCAUGGCGCGGAUUAGGGAUAAUUUAGCCCAACUAUUCUAUGUGGAGGGAGAUGUCAGGCGUCUAGAGCUUGUCGUGGAUCUACGGCGCCCUCUAUUCGAUGACGAGGAGACCAUCGUUGACAACCUGCAACAUAUUCCGGAGUAUGUCCGCACAAGCUCAGGUAUGAACCCUGGUCAACUUGCUGCGAUGAAACGAGCCUUGAGCGCACGCGAUUACGCGCUUAUCCUCGGUAUGCCUGGUACGGGCAAGACAACCAUAAUUGCUGCACUAAUCCGAACUAUCGUGGCCAUGGGGAAGACAGUCCUUUUGACGUCAUACACUCACUCGGCUGUGGACACGAUAUUGCUUAAGCUACAGGAUGCAGACUUCGGCAUAUUAAGGAUUGGCAAUGUAGAUAAGGUGCAUUCUGGCGCUCGGAGAUUUACGCUUGCUGAGCGUAGGUUGCCUACAACGGUCGAGGAAUUAGAGAACCAGAUCAUUGCACCACCAGUUGUUGCUACCACAUGCUUGACAAUUGAUCAGUACGUUCGCAAUCCUGCUGCACGAAAAGGUGGUUUGGAAACGUCUCUGUUCCGUCGUCUCUCUGAAGCGCACCCGCACGCGGUGAUCGAUCUCACAUAUCAAUAUCGCAUGAACGAAGACAUUAUGGAGUUGUCGAACAAGCUCAUAUACGGAGAUCGUCUGCGAUGUGGAUCAGAGGAAGUGGCCAAGAGCACGCUCGUUCUUCCUAAAGGGUGCAUGACUGAUACACUGGAUCUGGGAGCAUGCCUGUGCGAGGAUUCUUGCUGGUUGCGGCAUCUAUUAUCAGAAAGCUCUAAAGUUGUAUUUGUUGACACAGACCGCUUGCCUGCGCGUGAUUCGAGAGUUGGGGACCUCGUCCAAAAUGAUGUCGAGGCCAAGCUUGUGUACCAGAUUACUGAAGCGUUCUUAAGAGCGGGAGUCCAGGAGGACCAGAUUGGAAUUAUGUCUCUUUAUCGUCAGCAGAUAAAGCUUCUGUCACAUAUUCUUCAAGACAGGAAGGAUAUAGAAAUCCUCACAGCCGACAGAAGUCAAGGACGUGAUAAGGACUGUAUUAUUAUCUCCAUGGUCCGAUCUAACGACCAGGGGCAGAUUGGAGACUUGCUCAAGGACUGGCGACGAGUCAACGUAUCGUUCACACGUGCACGGUCAAAGUUGAUCAUUAUUGGCUCACGAAAGACCUUGAACUCGACUGAGCUUUUGUCGGUGUUCUUGACGCUUAUGGACGAGCGGGGCUGGAUGUUGACGCUGCCUGCCGAUGCGGAUGUGAAGCACCCGGCGUUACAGAGCGAACGGUGUGGUAUUCGCAGUCCUGCGAAGCGAAGCAAGGAGAAUGAAUCGGUGGCUAGUGUCAAUGAACCGCUCUCGAAGAAAUUGAAAACUCCGAAAGUUGAAGAUGGGAUCCUCAAGGGCCGGCCCAUCUUGCAAGAUGUCGUCAAUGGCGGUAGGUGA